UUUGCUAGGUUAAUUAAUGAUUCACAUUAAUUAUUGCGCCAAGUAUACGGCGAUGCCUAUUCAAAUGGACGUAAAUACAGCAAACGCGCCAUCUAACGGGCGCGAAAAAAUAAGUUUUUAUGUCGACAUAAAACGCGCAGAAUUCUUCCUCUGAAUCAUCCUUAUAACAUAGGUGUUGUGUUAUUGUUUUCCUCUUGAGAACUGCAUGCUUAAAAUAAUUACAACUUGAAAAAGCUUUCCCCAAUGUCUCAAUCAGUGAAUGAUAAAGAGAUCGUUUAUAUAUACGAUUUACCAUUUUUUGAGCGAGAUGAAUUGUGUAAAUUAUUAAACCAGAAUGACUCCUGGGAGGAACUUGCGGGGAGGGACAUGGAUGAAUUACGCUCGUUCCACAAUAUCAUCCCUCCAACAGGAGAAAAACCCGACGGACCAUCUUUUAGAACUUUGGGGUCACCACAAUCACACGAUAUCCGAAUUAUUUGGAUUACUAUCUCAAAUGCAGCAUUACCGUGCCAUGUUGGUCCUCAAACGCUUCGUGCAUUCUAAGUAUCACAAAUUAAUUGAACGAGGUCAAGGGAACUUGCAGGCGGUUCUGGGCAGAAAAAAACAGUCGCAGAAAGACUCGAAGAUUGGAACUCAAAAUUUCAAUCACGCCACUCAUCAAAUCCCUGUUGUAGAGAAAAUGCUUAUCCCAAGAAAUAGAGGGAUUAGAGAUAGUGUCAAGAUUAUGAAUAAACCAGAAAUAUGCAGCCCACUUCAAGCAGUGCCCAGCAACUCUAAUAAUUUACUCGUGGUGACUCCCGGAGCUGGAUCGAGGCUUUCAUCUAUUCCUGCCCGCGCUGGAACUCGGUGUUUGAAAGGCCAUGGAUUUUCUUUUGGAAAGGAAACAACACUACCGCAAAUCUCGUAUGAGGAGCUUAGUCGUGCUACGGACAGGUGGAAUCCAGAACGGGUACUAGGAAAAGGAGGAUUUGGAACUGUUUUCAGAGGACUUUGGAAGAAUACUGAAGUUGCAAUUAAAAAAAUUGAGAGAAAAGGUCCAGAGACAGAUGACAGUUACAUACAACAGCUCCAACAAUUACUAAGGGAGCUAACUAUCCUGAAUUCUCGUCCUCAUGAGAAUAUUUUGUCUCUCUACGCCUUUAGCAUGGGCGGAGACGCACCUUGUCUCGUGUAUCAAUUCAUGGCAAAUGGAUCCGUGGCUGAUAGAUUACAAUUGAAAUACGGUUCGCAGCCUCUCACGUGGCUACAGAGACAUGAGAUUGCCAAAGGCACGGCAAGGGGUCUUCAGUAUUUACACGAGAUUGGAGAAAAACCUCUGAUUCAUGGAGAUAUUAAGAGUGCUAAUAUUCUACUGGAUAAAAAUUUUGAGCCCAGAAUUGGAGACUUUGGACUCGCUAGGGAGGGAUCUCAGGAGGAUUCAAUGAAGAUCAGUAAAAUUCAAGGAACAAGGCCCUAUCUUCCGGAUGAAUUCCUGAUGAACAAAACACUUUCGAAAAAAGUCGAUACUUACUCAUAUGGAGUCGUAAUGUUUGAAUUAGCCACUGGUCUUCCAAUCUAUGAUGAGUCACGAUCAGAUCACAAAUACUUGAAGGAUUUAGUUAAUUACUGGUUUGAAACGAAAAAAGACUUGUCCCAAUUGAUGGACAGGAAGGCUGGAGUAGCUAAUAAGGAGGUGUACAAUCAUUUAAUUCUGGUGGGGAAUUGGUGCUCCAAUGGAUUAGCUAUACAUAGGCCAGAAAUGGCUGCCGUCUUUCAAAAAUUGAAUUUCAACAUUUUCUAUCAAAGAACUUAACGGAAACAAAAAAAAUACAGCAAAUUAAAUAAUCUGUGUAUAAAUGAAAAUCUUCAUUUUUUAUCAUUUUGAAAUUAAUUCAUGAAGAGAUGAGGAAAUAAACUGUAAAUAAAUGGUAUAUUUUAUAACAGCAGAGAAAAAUGUGAAUACGUUCAAUGUUAUUAUCUUUAAUUUAUUUAUUUGUUUUUUGUAUCUUUUAUAAACUCAUUGGUGACGUAACUACUAUUGAGUAGCAGAACUGGAGCAUGGAAACCGCGCUCACGUAUAAAUUCAUUUCUCCUCAAUUUUGCUUUCAAGAUCAUUUGUUUCAGGAUGGGGAAGAGAGAAAUCGUCAUGUUUAGCAUCAAAUUUUCCGUUUGCAAUCUAAUUCUGUACAUGUUAUUAGAACUGAAAUAGUUAUUCCUGUUCCAUGAUCGAAUAAAACUCUCCUGGUGAAUACGAA